AUGGCGUCAGGCCAUGCAACCGCUACCACCGACGGCGGACACUCGUCCGACGUUCUUGGCCCCGAAGCCAACGAUCCUUCAUGGGCCCUGACUAGCCCUGGAAAUGUCAACUGGCCUCUUCUCAUGGACUUCGCCUCGGUCGCACUGCACGAUACGGCAACCAUUGGCAAAGCCGUCACCAAAGCGUUCUACAGCACGUCACCAAAACAUUCAUACUUCUUUGGCGGCUCUACAGGUGGUAGACAAGGUCAUAUGCUCGCACAAAGGUACCCCCAGGAGUACGAUGGAAUUAUUGCUCUGUUCCCAGCCACGAACUGGGUAAAGUUCUUCUGGGCUAGCUACUGGCCGAAGUUUGUCAUGGAUAAAAUGGGUGCGUACCCCAAACCAUGCGAGUUUGAGGCUAUCACAGCUGCAGUCAUGUCUGCUUGUGAUAAGCUAGACGGGGUGGAAGACGGUAUCAUUUCUCGACUUGAUCUCUGCAACUUCGAUCCUCACAAAGUCGUGGGCAAAAUCAUUGACUGCGACGGUACUGAGGUCGCUGUCUCCUCGGCGGCAGCGGAUAUCACCCAGGCAACAUGGGAUGGGCCUCGAAGCUCUAUGGGCGAGUUUCAGUGGUACGGAUACGGAAAGGGGACCGACUUGACCCAAGCAAUCACCGGGCCUAUCCAAGUCAAAUGCAACGAGGACUCCUGUAAGGCUGAGGGCAAUCCUGUCUGGGUACGGUACUGGGUCAAGAAAGAACCGUCCUUUGACAUCAGCAAAAUAGCACACCAAGAAUGGGACGACCUUGUACACCUCUCCAUAAACGAAUUCGACUCCAUCAUCGGAACCUCAGACCCUGAUCUAUCAGCAUUCAAACGAAGGGGCGGCAAAAUGAUCAACUGGCACGGAACUGUGGACGCUGCGAUACCAUUCAAUGGCAGUACCGACUAUUAUGAUCGUGUGUUGGCCAAGGACCCAGAGGCUCACGAUUAUUAUCGGCUCUUUGUGGCUCCAGGUGCUGGACACUGCUUCAACUGCGGACCAAGCCCGCCUUUCUCCAUGGAUCCAAUCAUUCACUGGGUAGAAGAUGGUGUGGCCCCAGACACGCUGCGAGCCUCUGGAGCAAAUGGCCUCGGCGUUCACGUGGAGAGAGAUAUCUGCAUGUACCCCGGUAUCCAACAUUAUUUAGGGGGCGAUCCAAAUGUCGCAUCAUCGUUUAGAUGUGUGUAG